AUGUUACAAUCUCCCAGAAAGAAAGAAAUUACACACGAAGAGAGUGAAUUUACUGAACUUCGGCACCGCUCACUAUCCUUUGCGCGUUUCCGUCACAUCUUGACUGACUCGCUUUUUUCAUAUGUGUGGUGGUAUGAAGAGAUAGUGGAUUAUGUUAUGAAUGCUCCAUACCAAAAUAUGGCGAUGAUUCAACUACCUCCUCUCCAACAAGAUGAGGAGUACUUAAGAGACUUGGCAAGUUGUAUUGAUCAGUGUUCAAUUAAUGUUCAAGCGAAUGCUUACUUGAACUCGAUGUUGCAAGCAUCAGUUGACAGUCUGAUGAACCAGUUUACCCAAUUCCCACUCUUCUGCGAAAACUUCGAGAGUAUUAAGUCACAUUUUGCCUCAAUGAUGGACCCAUUCCGAUUGCUGGUGUUUGAGCGCUCGUUGACCUUCAAUCGUUACAACUUAUUAUAUUUCUACAAAGACUUAGAUGCUAUGGCGAAGGUGUAUUUUCACACCUUCCGUAAGGCUCCCACCAGUGAUCUCUUAGUUCAGUGGAUGAUGUCUUCAUUAAGCAACGAUAUAUUCAGCAAUGGUGCGCUUUUAAACGAGAUCCAUAGUAAUUGGGCACUCUUGCACAAUGAUCCUCAAGGAAUUAGGCGAAUCAUGAAUCAUCACCUGCAACACAAAAAAAGGUGA